AUGGAAUAUAAAAAACUUCUUAUUGUUCAAAACGAAGAAGGAGAUAUAGAGAUGGCUGCAAAACGAGCGACUGCAUAUGAUGCAUCAUCAGAACACAAAGCUGGACCAGGGAACAAAAGCAAUAUUAAACAAUCUACUCGUCAAGAAACAGGAUCAUCUUUAUUUCAUCGGAAACCAAUAUUGCUUUUAAUUAUCAUUGCCGUUUUUAUCUUAAUAACUAUCAUUAGUACUACAAUAUGGGCUGUUUUCAUUAAAAAAAACAAAACAAUAAUUACUACAACUACAGCUACAAUUGAUGCAUCGACAACAGGAACAGCGAUUCUUACAACGUCAACAACAGAAACAACAAUACUUACAACGUCGACUGAUUCUCAUACAAUAACAAAGAAUGUAUCAAAAUUGAGUCAGUGGAAACAAAAUGCCAUCACUGUAGCUGGUGGAAAUGGAAAAGGACAAAAAUUAAAUCAACUUCAUUACCCUUCUGGAAUCUUCAUUGAUAAAAAGAAAAAUAUUUUCAUUGCUGAUCUUUGGAAUCAUCGUAUUAUUGAAUGGAAGUAUAAUGCAAAAGAAGGACAAACCACUGCAGGUGGAAAUGGGGAAGGAAAUCGAACAGAUCAAUUGGAUCAACUAACAGAUGUGGUUGUUGAUCAACAAAAUAAUUCGAUCAUCAUUGCUGAUUAUGUGAACAGACGAGUGAUUCGAUGGUUGAAUCAAAGCCAACAAAUUCUCAUUCAGAAUAUUGGCUGUGUGGGCUUGACAAUGGAUAAAAAUGGAUUUCUUUAUGUUUCUGAUUGGAACAAGAAUGAAGUGAGACGAUGGAAAAUGGGAGAAUACAACAAUAAUGGAAUUGUAGUGGCAGGUGGAAAUGGAAAAGGAAAUCAACUUAAUCAAUUCAAUUAUCCUAGUUUUAUCUUUGUUGAUGAUGAUCAAUCUGUUUAUGUAUCAGAUUUUAACAAUCAUCGUGUGAUGAAAUGGAGAAAAGAUGCGAAAGAAGGAAGAAUUGUGGCUGGAGGAAAUGAUAGAGGAGAAAAUCUUAAUCAAUUGUCUUAUCCUGAAGGAGUAAUUGUUGAUGAUUUGGGUCAAAUCUAUGUGGUAGAUCACUGGAAUCAUCGAGUAAUGCGUUGGUGUGAAGGAAAAGAAGAUGGUGAAAUUGUUAUUGGUGGAAAUGGUGAAGGAGUUCAAUCAAAUCAGUUGCAUUAUCCCCGUGAUUUAUCUUUUGAUGAUGAAGGAAAUCUUUAUGUUGCUGAUUCGGGAAAUCAUCGAAUUGCAAAAUUUGAAAUUAUAUUGUGA